ACUGAGCCCGGGCUCAAAGGGGCGGGGAGGAAAGGACGACUUCGUUACGCUUGGAGAAGGGGGCGGGGCCUGCAACGACGGACAGAACGAGGGGACGCAACGGAGGCAGGCCGGAGCCGCUGCCGUCGCCAUGACCCGCGGUAACCAGCGCGAGCUCGCCCGCCAGAAGAAUAUGAAAAAGCAGAGCGACUCGGUUAAGGGAAAGCGCCGAGAUGACGGGCUUUCUGCUGCCGCCCGCAAGCAGAGUGCCCCAUCAUCUCUACCCCCAGGGACUCGGAGAUCAUGCAGCAGAAGCAGAAAAAGGCAAACGAGAAGAAGGAGGAACCCAAGUAGCUUUGUGGCUUCGUGUCCAACCCUCUUGCCCUUCGCCUGUGUGCCUGGAGCCAGUCCCACCACGCUCGCGUUUUCUCCUGUAGUGCUCACAGGUCCCAGCACCGAUGGCAUUCCCUUUGCCCUGAGUCUGCAGCGGGUCCCUUUUGUGCUUCCUUCCCCUCAGGUAGCCUCUCUCCCCCUGGGCCACGCCUGGGGGUGAGGGGGUUACCCCUUCCCAGUGUUUUUUAUUCCUGUGGGGCUCACCCCAAAGUAUUAAAAGUAGCUUUGUAAUUUC